AUGAUGUUGUUUGCUUUUGCCAUAUACUAUUGCUUGACAGUUACAGAGACUUUUGCCAUCUUUGGCUACUUCACAACGAAACGAUAUGUGGGAACGGGUGUUUUGAGUUGUAAUGGAACAACUGCUGAUGGGAAAACUGAAAUGCGAGACUUGCCUGUGGUAGGUUUACACGGCGGCUUAUAGGUGCGACGCUAUAAUUUUGCGUUGUUGAAUAAUUUUUUUUGUCUAGCCUAGGCACGGCUCACAUCAACCACAAACAGAAUGCCAAGAUUUUUGGCAUUCGGUUUUUUAAGGGUCUCUAAUGUUUUAGCUUACUGUGCAGUGGGUAAUGAACAAAAUAACAUGAACCUGCGAUUAAAACAUUGCCAAGGACCCAUAUUUUUUAAAUUAAUGGAUUUUGGCGUUCUUCGGCCACCAGGUUAGCGACAAACUGCCGGAGAAAAUCGAAUUUUUGCAAACUUUGCGGCUGAAUAACUUGUCUAAAACGAUUGAAACACGGAAAGUGAUUGCAACGAUCUUCAGAAUAUUGUAUUCUAAGGUAGUAUGCGAAGUUUGAAGCAAAUCGGACAGAUAAUAAAAAAGUAGAUGCGAUUUUAAGCUUUUUUACCUUAUGGAUUAUAUUACUUUGGGCAGAUUUUAAUGUCCGACAGCGUUAAAUAGUCUAAUUAAUUAACUAUAUUAUCUCAUAACAUCCUGUUAAGGGAGAUUAACUGCAAAAAUUUUAACUCUUAGGUCGAAAAAAAGUUUUACCUUAUAGUAGCAUACCUGAUCUUAUACCAAAAAUAAUGAAAGUUUAUGACUGAAGUCAAAGUUUUAAAAUUAUCUAUGUAAAUUGAGAUGGCUUUCUAAGGCUAUACUGAGCUUUUGGAGUUGGUUUCAACUUCGCUGCGCCAAUUUCAAAAAUGGCCAAUAUCACCUAAAACAAGGUUCUUAGAACAGCUUCUAAACUGGUGCGAAUGCCACUAAUUAUGCUCUUAUUGUCUUUUUAGAUCAUAGUGGACCUAGCUGAGCCAAAAUUUACCGAUUUUUAAAAUAUUAUUUUAGUCACCUAAAUAUCACUUUUUUUGGAAUUUUGAGUGAGUAAGCUAGUAUAUGACACAGGGUUGCUUAUUGUUCUCUGAAAAUACUCUAAUUAUGCUCAUAGAAAAAAGAAUUUAGGCAAUUGCUUCGUUACGAUUUCCCGAUUUGAAACUUUUUUUUUGUGGUUGAUGUGCGGCUCCUGGGCCAAAUUUCGGCCAGGCGCUUCGCAAGUACCCAACUGCGAUGCUCAAAUUUUGAUGAAACUUUGCAUAAAUUUAUGCAGGCGGUAUAAAACAUAUGCAUAACUGACCGAUUUUUCUUGGUCAAAAGAUGAGAAAACGCCAUUUUUUGUGGAUUUGUUAGUGUUCCCACAUGAAACCAAUUUUUUCCAUGCGAAACUGGAAGAGUGUUUUUUUUCUCUGGCCGCACUCCACCUUUGGUGUACUCUCUCGGCCGCCAUGAUCGCUCAAUAUCUUGGCUGCAACUGCAAAACGCGAGCCAAGACUUUCAGGAAUUGAUAUGUGGUCUAUGCUCGAAACGCAGGCAAAUUUUAAAGAAUGUCUGAGCGUCGCACUUAGGGGUAGUUCCUUCGUUAGGAGAACUAACUUGAAACCCAAUUUCUAAAAGUAAAGACAGUCGUCAUCGCAGAUUUUAGUGUUUUAGUAACAACUCAUUCUACUAUGUUUUAUACAGUAUAAAAUUAACAUGAAUAACCACGUAGUGUAGGCGAGUCAGCAAAAUAAUAGUAAUAGCUUUUAGGUUUAGGGUUUUGGGUUACAUUUUGUGUUUUUACGUAACGUUUUAGUGUUUUAGGUAAUUUUAGUGUGUUAGGUUACAUCUUACUCGAUUAUGUUUUAUACAGUUUAAAUUUAACAUGAAUCUGACUAGUGAGCGUCGCACUUGGGGCACUUCCCUUAUCAGCAGAUAAAAAAAUCCACCUUACGAAUUAUACUCAGCUUUUUUCAGAAAAUUGUAAUGGUCGAAGACGUCAGCUCCGACAAGCCUAUUACACAGGCCGAUGAAAUUGGAAAUGCAAUGGCAAAUAUGAGAGGGCAGUACAGAAUCGAAUCGGAAAAAUACAUUCGGUUAAUUUCCAAGCCCUUAGUCAUCUUGUAAGUUGUCGUUAAGCUCAAUUGUCACUGUCGGAUACAGUAUACAUAUAUAUAUUCGCCUAAUUUCUACGAAAAAGAUUACAAAAAAACAAUCGUCCCGCAAGAGCCGUAAAUUAGCUAAAAUCACAGCCAUUUCCAUAGAUAAGAGCAUAUACUAUGUAUUAAUAUAUAACAUCCUUGCUGUUGGCCAAUCCCAUUUUUUGAGAAAAUUACGUGUAACUACGUAUUUUACGCCGGUAGCUCUGACGCAAAAGGAGUGUCUCGAUGAUUAAACAAAAUUUCAAUUAAACUUAUCGCUAAUAUUCCGUUUCAGCUAUCACAUGUGCAGCGGGCAGACGGUGUGCCGAGAACUUCGAGUGGAAGGAGCGGAGAAACACCAGAGAAUUGAAUUGUUCGAAAAAGGAAAUAUUGUGUCGUUGACAAAAUGUGCCAGGAAUAAUUGA